CGCCCGACGUGCUGCCGGCGGCGGUGGAAGCCACGUUUUCGGCUCGUUUGUUCUUUUCGCCGCCCCAGGCAUGUCUUGACAUAGCUGCGAGAGCCUGCCGUUUUCGUUGACUUCCGCCGGAUGUCUGUGGCCGUACCGUCAGCGUCUGGGGUCUGAGACUCGGUAGCGUAUCCCGGUGCGAGCGUGUGUGAAAUUCCCGUGAUCGGAGGCUGAAGGAGGAAGAGCUGGAAGAAAGGAGCAGUUGUGUUGGUUUUUCUUCUGGCCGGGUCAGCCCUCCUGGAUGGUCGCAUUACUCCCCCGUGGACACACUGUCAAGCGCGUACAGAGAAAGAGGCUCGACUAUUUUUUUCCCGCGAUUGGUAUUCGUCGUGAUCGUCGUGCAGAAAGAACCACUUUUCUCCCAGUUUGCUGGUCCGCACUGAGGCAGCGGGAAUAUGCUCAUGAAGGAGUACCGGAUCUGUAUGCCUUUGACAGUUGAAGAGUACAGAAUUGGACAGCUGUACAUGAUAAGCAAGCAUAGCCAUGAGCAGAGUGACCGAGGUGAAGGUGUGGAAGUGGUGCAGAAUGAACCCUAUGAAGACCCAAACCAUGGCAAUGGUCAGCUAACAGAAAAACGCGUCUAUCUCAACAGCAAACUGCCUAGCUGGGCUAGAGCAGUUGUUCCCAAAAUAUUUUAUGUUACAGAGAAGGCUUGGAAUUAUUAUCCUUAUACAAUCACAGAAUACACAUGUUCAUUUUUGCCUAAAUUCUCCAUUCAUAUAGAGACAAAAUACGAGGACAACAAAGGAAGCAACGACACUAUUUUUGAUAAUGAAGCUAAAGAUCUGGAGCGAGAAGUUUGCUUUAUUGAUAUUGCCAGCGAUGAAAUUCCUGAGCGCUAUUACAAAGAAUCAGAGGAUCCUAAAUAUUUCAAGUCACAGAAGACUGGGAGAGGCCAAUUAAAAGAAGGCUGGAGAGAGACCCAUCAGCCAAUUAUGUGUUCCUACAAACUUGUGACUGUGAAAUUUGAGGUCUGGGGACUUCAAACCAGAGUAGAGCAGUUUGUACACAAGGUGGUCAGAGAUAUACUAUUGAUUGGUCACCGGCAGGCUUUUGCCUGGGUUGAUGAGUGGUACGAUAUGACUAUGGAUGAUGUUCGAGAAUACGAGAAAAAUAUGCAUGAAAAAACCAACAUUAAAGUUUGCAACCAACAUUCAUCUACUGUGGAUGAAAUAGAGAGCCAUGCCAAAGCAAGAACAUGACAAUGGAUGAAGUCCGAGAGUUUGAACGAGCAACUCAGGAAGCUACCAACAAGAAGAUUGGGAUUUUCCCACCUGCAAUAUCUAUCUCUAACAUUUCCAUGCCUUCUUCAACCCGCAGUGCUCCAUCUAGUGCUCCAUCAACUCCUCUCUCCACAGAUGCUCCUGAAUUCCUAACAGUUCCCAAAGACCGACCUCGGAAAAAGUCUGCUCCAGAAACUCUCACUCUUCCAGAUCCAGUGAAAAAAAACCUUUAAAUUAACCCAGCAUGUUUCCUCCUGAUAAGCCAUGUCUACCACUGCAAGAGUGAUGUAACUCAAUUUCUACAAAGGUCAUGGUGGUUUGUUGGUUGUUUUUUUGCUUAAAAUAAUCUUACUGGUGUGGAAAGAUUACUUCUUUACUCAGACUUGAUCCUUAAAACCUUCAGAGAAGUGCAUGCAAGAGAACGUCGUUUAUAUAUUCCUAAAGUAGUGUUUCAAGCCAUAUGGUGCAUCUUACUGACAUACAAUGAAAUAGUCUGAGGGGAACCCUGUAAAAGAAAAUAAAUCUUUCUGUAGCAGUAUUCUACCUACAAAUCUUCAUCUAGGUCAUAGCAUUCAUAAUUAGGAGUAGGUAUUUAGUAAAGCUGCCAAGGACUUCUGAGGCAAAUUAGUGCCAACUAGAAUGCAGGGUUGACAGGAAAAAAACCCUCCCGUUUUCUUCUUUUAUAGCCGAUUUUAAAAUCCUUCCUACUCUCAGGCUUCUCCUGUGUAUUCAUCAACCUUUGACCUGUAACUCAUUGUACUUGAACACCAACAGCAAUCACUCAGAUUCACAUUUUGCUUAAUAUGACUCAGGAUUUGGGGCCUAGCUAACAAACGCAAAACUUUUCAAACCUAAAAUACCACUGUAUGGAAGCCCCAAUUGUAAUUAAUUAUACUGACUUUGAGGCCAUUGAACUAUUUCUAUCUUGCACAGAAUUUGUAAAAGAAACCACCUAUUUCUUGUAGAUAAUGUAUUUUAAUAGCUCUCCCCCGUCCUUUUGUGAUCUCUUAAGUCUGUAUUGGUGUUCAUCAAUGGUAUUCCAUGUGUAAGAUUGAAAAAAAGCAGCUAAAUUGAGCCAGUUGAGAAGCAAAACCAAUGAAUUCUGUCUUUUCCUCACUGGAAGAAGAGUGUAAGUAAGACCUUGAAUGUAAAGGAAAGGAAAUACGAGACUUCUUUUUCUUUCCUGCCUCGCGUCUUUCCCAAACGGCACGAUCUCUGCUAAGAGAAAGCUGCUGCCGGGCUUUACCAUCGUCUAGGGAAGGGGUGAACAAAAUCAGUCACUUUAAAAAGCAAAUGAAUUGUGGGGCUGCUCAGUCCUGUGUAGGGUGACGCUAAGGAAACAGAAGUGUUCCUCCUGGUCUGCAUGUGAAUCACUCAUCGAUCUCAGGAAUUAAAAUGUAGAAAAGGAUGUUUCCUGGUAGGGAAAUGUAGAUUGUGGAAGGAGGAGAAAAAUAAAUGGCAGAAGUGGUCUCUUCCUUUUCAAAAUGUAAGCGCAGUGAGAAACUUUCCCCACUGACCCCCAUUUGGGGUACUUUGUUCUCUUUCAUACAAAUUGCUAUUUAAUGAAUGCUGGCAGUAUCUGUCUCUGUCGGUAGCUGUAGUAGACGCUGUUCAAUUCCCAGUGAAUGAUAGCUAUUACCUGAAUCAUAUGAUCAAAGGGGGUGAUAUUUUGUACCACUGGUGACAUGGUACAUGGAUUAAAAAAAAAAAGGGAGUCCUCCAGAGCUGAGCUGUCAUUGAAUAUUGAACAAUCAGUUUGGGGAUGGCCUUUUACCUGGACGGGACGUUUGUGCCAUCUUCUCAGCACAAUGCUGUGAUUCGACUGGCUUAAAUGCACUGAACUUCUCAAUGGCUCUAGAUCUAGCAGAAGCGAUGUUGAAUGUGUGAUAUUUAUAGGGUAGUUUUAGUGGCAGGAGAGGUAAUUCCACUGCCAACCUGCGCUGAAAACAAGUGUAUAUUUGUUUGAUAGUUAAAAUUCUGUAGCUAGCAAAAUCUGGGAGCUCUUUGUAGGUUAGCUGUGGUCUGACUUCAUGCACUCUCCCACUUACUGUCCAUGUUUUGCUUUGCUUUUCUUCUCAGAGCUAGUAAUUCUGUGUGAUCAGUAUACUAAUGGGUGAUGAUUUUUUUGUUUAAAAAGAAGCCACUGUAAUGAUGCAAACAAAACUUUCCUACAUUAGUUUAUGAUUUCAGCUUAAAAAGUGUGCAGAUUAAGUAUUCAUGAUUAUAACUGGUCUAAUCUUUUUAUUAUUAUUUAUUUAGAAGCAAGAUUGGAACAUUGGCAGAGAAGGGAAACCCUUGAAAACAUAAAGCAUUGUUUGGUUGUUUUUUCAUUUCCUGAAUUUGACCUAUAUAGAAAUGGUUUAGGUCUGCUCCACCUGAAAAUCUAUUUUUCAAUUAAUUUUUUCUUUGUCAAAGAAGAAUUUGCUCAGCUCUAGUCAUAAUGUCCUUGUGCUUACAUAUUACUGUUUCUAUAUAUGUUUUGGCAUCUGGGUUUGACACAGAUUAUUAGACCAAAGCAGUCAUACCUUUCCUUAUAUUUAACUGACUGAUUUCCAAUCCCAUGUGGAUACACUGAUUAUCAUAUUAAGUAGGUUUGGGGAUAAGGCACGUAUGAAAAUUAUGAACAUACCUGAAUAGGACACAUCUUAAUAGCUGCAUGACAGAGAUGCAGGAGAACGACACUGAUCGUGUCAUGGGAAGAAUGACAGACUGCUUAAUGCUGUGUCUCCGUCUGCACGUGCCGUAGCCCUUCCACCGAGCAGUGCUGUUCCCGACGAUUACCAGAUUUAUUGACCAAACAGCCUGAAUUCACCGUUGGCCACAGCAAGGAUCACGAUCAGCCACAUUGCCUCCACGUUGCUUCCUAAUGAAGGCAAAUAAAAAGAUCUGUAAUGUUUCAUUGCUUCGGAUAAGAAACACCCCAGGCUUUUUGUUGCCUAUGUAAGUACCCUCUGCUGUGUUCUGCUUUGCCUUUUUCUGUUUGGUUGGGUUUUGUUUGUUUGUUUUUUCAGGUAGGAUAACUUCUUCUAGAAUAUUCCCAGCAAACACAAAAACCCACACAAAAUUAAAUGAAAAGGAAGGUCUGAAUACUUCAGUAGAACAUCUUGAGGCAAAGGGGUUGUUUUCAUUACUGAUUUUUUCGCAGGGCUUUCUGUUGUAUUUUCAAACAUGUUUAUUAGGAGGAAAAGAGAGAGCGUUUUGCAGGUGUUCAUCACUUCUUUUGCAAAAAUAAACCAUGUGAUUAUUUAGUGAGUACAUCUUUAGAGCAUGGUGCCACACAGCAAAGCUGAACAGGCACGGUAGCCGUGUUCCUAUUCUCUGCCACAGUGACUGAAGAAUUACGUGAUACAGCUCUGUUGGGACUUGACAAGGAAUUUUUCAUCAAGGAGAACACAGUUCAGAGCAAAUAACGUGAUUAGUUUGUUUGGGUUUCUAUUAAAACCUCCUCCCAGCUUUGCUCAUACUUCUAUGUAUUUCAUAUAGAACAAUCGUUACAAAAUAACUGGCAAUUCACUGCAGUCUUUAGAAGGGUAGUUCUCCUAAUAAAUGAAAAAGGGGAGGUGCCCAUAAAGACUACGAGGAGCAGCACAUUCCUGAAACACAUACUUCAUGGGAUUUCUUAUGAAUGUAAUGGUUAAUUCGGUAAAUGACUGGAUAAAUCUUACGGAAAGAAACUAUUUGACAUUAUUCUUUGGCUUUUUGAUUUUGUGACAUCUAGUAGCCAGUUUGCAUUAAUUGCUGCUGUAGAGAUUUUGUAUUUGUUCCUUGAAUUUUAGUUUGUAAAAAGACCGCUACGUUUUGUUAAAACUGCUUUGAAGCUUGCUGCACUGUAACUUCAAAACAAUGUGCUAUCAUUUGAAAUAAGCCAAAUGUAUAUGCUUUUUAUGAAUUAGUGAGUGCAGUAAGAGAGAAUUCAUGAUCUUGUCAAUAGGAGCUUUUCUGUUUUCAUUGUUUGGACUUGGUUUAAUAUGUGUAAGUUAAAAUUGCUAAGUAAGUCUAACAAUGUUUUGCUUUAAAUGAACAGCAUGGUCAUUGAAUUACAAUCUGUAGUUUUGUGGUGUCACUAAAACAGGUUUCAUUGUUUUAUUUCAUUUCUGUGAUAAUUCCACGUGACUCUGAAUGUCCAGUAAUUCAUUUUUUUUAUUUAGAGCAAUCAUGGCUACAUUAGGCAAUACAUCACUACCAUCAAAGAAGGACCAAGUUUUGAAAUGCUCUGCAUGUUAAAUAAUGC